AUGUGCUCCCUGUCACUGUUCCACUACUCCGAGUACCUGGUCACCGCCGUCAAUAACCCCAAAAGCCUGUCCCUGGACUCCUUUCUCCUGAACCACAGUCUGGAGUACACAGUCGCUGCUCUUUCUUCUUGGGUGGAGUUCACCCUUGAGAAUAUCUUCUGGCCAGAGCUGAAGCAGAUCACCUGGCUCAGUGCCGCCGGGCUGCUGAUGGUGGUCUUCGGAGAGUGUCUGAGGAAAGCGGCCAUGUUCACGGCGGGGUCCAACUUCAACCACGUGGUGCAGAACGAAAAGUCGGAAACCCACACCCUGGUGACCAGCGGGGUGUACGCUUGGUUCCGGCACCCUUCGUACGUCGGCUGGUUUUACUGGAGUAUCGGGACCCAGGUACAGUCGCAGGUGCGCCGUGGCCGCUGCCCUGCUUUUGCACAGCUCGGAGUGGACCUCUGUUGGGCGCAGCGAGAGCGCAGCCCGCGCGCCGGGCAGGCGCUGGGGCGGCCCGCUGGCGAGAAGGCCUUCCGCGAGGGGGACCCCGGCCCGGCGCCCUCGCCCGCCUGGCUUCGGAGGAGCCGCCCACCUUUCCGUGCCUAUGCGCCCCCAUCCGCAGAAUGGGGCAAUGCCACCUACCUCACGGGUGUCGCGAAGACGCAGGACAAUGUCGGACACUUUUGA